UGAACCCAAAUCAGAACCUCAACAAACCAUUUCUCUCCAACAAGAAAAACAGAGGAGAAACAGAGCAAAAGGAAAACAGAGCAUCCAUACAAAAAACAGGGGCGACCAAUUUUUCCCCCUCAGAGAACACAACAAUGGCGGUGUCGAGAUCAAAGACGUUAGCUUUCGCAGCAAUCGCGAUCGCCGCUCUUCUCCACAGCUCCGUCGCUCAGACUACCCACACCGUCGGAGGAAACACCGGAUGGACCAUCCCUCAGGGCGGUGAUUCUGUCUACUCCAACUGGGCUUCCGGCAAUUCCUUCUCCGUCGGAGAUAUUCUGGUUUUCAAUUUCGCCGCUGGAGCUCACGACGUGACGCAAGUGAACAAGGCGGACUACGACUCCUGCUCGGCGACCAAUCCGAUGAUGACUUCAACGAAUACUCCGGCGAGGAUCACAUUGAACACUUCCGGCGAGCAUUACUUCAUCUGUGGGGUUCCCGGCCACUGCAGCGCCGGCCAGAAGGUCACCGUCAAUGUUCUCGCUUCGACCACUGGUUCUUCUUCUCCUUCUCCGGCUCCCAUGGUGAUGCCUCCUUCUCCUUCCCCUGCUCCCCGCCGGGCUCUCACCCCUGCUUCUGCUCCAUCCCCUGCUCCAACCACCGUCUCUGCCCCGACUCCAUCCACCUCCCCUGUCGCCGGAGAUGUCCCGUUGUCGGCGCCGGCUCCUUCUGCCAGGACGCCGAUGACUUACACGGUCGGCGAUUCCUUCGGGUGGAACAUUCCCACGAGCGGUGCGAUCUUCAACUACACGGCCGGCGCACACAACGUGGCGGAGGUGACGAGCGACGCCUACACGGCGUGCACCACCGCCAACCCGAUCUCUCUGGACAGCAACCCGCCGAGCAGAAUCACGCUGACCACCGCCGGCGAGCAUUUCUACCUCUGCGCGAUUCCCGGGCACUGCUCCGCCGGCCAACAGCUUUCCAUCAACGUCUCCGGCGCAGGCAGCACCAGCCCAUCGCCGUCAGGGUCGACGACUCCCUCGUCGCCGUCUCCUACCGCCGGUGACAUGGCCCCGCCGUCCCCGAACUCCGCCGCCACCGUUGGCGGCGUAUCGGCCGCCGCAUUUUUGUCCGUUGUCGCAGCUCUUUUGUUGUAAAUGGAGUGAUCGGUAGAGAAUAGAGAUGCCUUAUUACAGUCGGCGACGUGAUACUUUUUGUUUCUUUCGCGUUUCUUUUUGAGAUCUGUAUUAGUGUGUUGGUUAUUGGUUUGUUAUAUAUAGAUUGAUUUCUCAGAUACAUUGUAUUAAUAAAAGGAAUUUUUUUUAGCCCAAACAUGUG